CCAUCUGUCAUCGAUUAUCUACAGAACAAUUACAACCAUGUAUACAAGUAAAUGUAUCGCUAAUACUAUGUAAUUGCAGUGGACAGUUGGUGGUGAACUCUGUGUAACUACUGUAAAACAUGGCUGGUGACAUUCAAAGUAGAAAUACAGUGAUGGAGAUCUCAACCAGUUUUACAGAGAAGACACUAAUAUCUAUUUUGAAAAAGGCCUCUGGGACUGAAAAUGUGCAGCUGGUUCACUAUGAAGUGGCAAGAGGUUCCACCCGUGCUGGUGAUAGUUACCUUAGCACAUUAAGUCGACUGAGGGUAGAUGGAAUGGCAAACAACAAACCAUAUUCGCUGGCUCUAAUUGUAAAGAGUCUCCCAGCAAGCAGUGGGUGUAGAAAGACAUUCCGAUCUACUGAAUUCUUUCAAAAUGAGGCAGCAUUUUACAAUGAGGUUCUUCCAAGAUUUAUGGCAUUCCAAAACCAGAAAAAACCAAAGAAUCCAUUUCAGGAAAUUCCACGCUGUUUAUAUGCAUUAGCAGAUGGUGAGAAUGAUUUCAUUGUAUUGGAAGAUUUAUCCCCUGCAGAAUAUGUGACAGCUGACAGAACAAAAGGUCUGGACUUUGAUCACUGCGUUGCUGUUUUGCAGACUUUGGGCAGAUUCCAUGCUCUUUCUUUUGCCAUGAAAGAUCAGGAUCCAGAAGGAUUUGAAACUAUUGCCAACUGUGUUAAGGAAACCUAUUUCUACUUUGAAAACAAAGGAUGGUAUGAAGGUCAGCUUAAAAACUUAUGUCAAGUUGCAAUAGAUGCUGUCUCUAAGGAAUAUCCAAAUAGCAUCUAUGAAGAGAAACUGAAACACUUCAUAAAUGAUUCUCUGUUUGAAUGCUUAGUGGAAUUUUCCCAACCAAAAGAACCAUAUGCAGUCAUUGGUCAUGGAGACACAUGGAUUCCAAAUUUCUUAUUCCAUUACGACAAUCACAAAGGAGACAGUAGUACUAGUCCUGACAGAACACGAAUCAUAGACUUUCAACUGGCUCGAUACGGUUCACCAAUCCUAGAUUUCUCUCUCUUCCUCUUUUCUUGUACCACACAAGAACUUCGCACUUCUCAUUUCAAACAGCUUCUCCAAGUUUACCAUCAUAGUCUGUCUGACUUUCUUCAAGAUUUGGGCUCUUCCCCAGAUGUUCUUUUCUCAUACAAUGCCUUUGAAAAGGAAGUUUCACUAUACAUGUUAUUUGGACUUUGUCUUUCGUUUGAUACAGUUACAUUUUCUGUAAUGGACGAGGAAGACACUCCAAAUUUGGACCUGAUUGAAGGAGAUGAAGCUAUUCCAUUAGAAAAUAUCAUGCAUGUUGGUCCAAUUAAAACUAAGCAUGGAAGACUGCGCCUUGCUGACAAUGUAAAAUUUGCUAUAGACAGUAAAUAUCUUUAGCAUAAGCCAAAACAAUCCACGCAGACACAGUCCAUUAUGUGCUAUCUCCUACUAUAUAUAUACAUUUACAUUUAUAAAAUAAAUCAAUAUACAAUUCUUUAUUAAGUCUGUCACAACACAACAAUAUAAGUACAAGGCUAAAUUAGCUUUGCUACAUGUUUCAGGUAUUCAUAUCCAUCAUAAGGCAAAUACACCAUCAUGUUUACACACUAGUGAACUGCAAUUUCGUAGUAAGUCUGGAUACGUGACAAUUAGUGUGUAAACAUGAUGAUCAUGUAUUUGCCUCAUGAUGGCUAUGAAUAGCUGAAACAUGUAGCAAAACUAAUUUAGCCUUGUACCUAUAUUGUUGUGUUGUGACGGACUUAAUAAAGAAUUGUAUUGAAUUGAAUUGAAUUCCAUAAACCAUAAGCAGGUUAAUACCUUUGGAUAUAGAACAAGUCAAAAUAAUACCUACUGGUACAAGUAAUUGAUCUUAAACUAAUAUAGCUUAAUUCUACAUU